AUGAGCGCUCUCAGGGGGCUCCUGCUGUGCCUGGUGCUGCUGCUCCCCUCUGCAGCUCUGCCCAGGAAGGAGGGAAGGGAUUCCCUGAUGGAGCUGAGCCUGCUGGAAGCAGAAGGGAGAAGGGUGGGAAAUGGAAGUCUACAGGAGACACCCAGGUCCAGGAGGGCUGCUGCCGCUCGCCUCUUCUCCAAGGCUGAGCCGGGAGCCAAGUGCCCGCAGGGGGUGGCUGAGGAGGGGGGCCCGGGCUGGUCCCGCUCUGGCCCGCAGCCCUGGCCCCUCGGGGGCCUGGAAGGGCCCGUGUGCAGGGUGAGGAUGGAGCAGGACGGGGCCACCCCGAGGCAGCUGGAGGUGGUGGGUGUGCUCAGCCACUACGAGAGCAGCUUCAUCAAACUGCUGAGACGGCGCCGGAGCUGGGACGGGAAUUUGCCCGGCACCUUCGGGCUGUGCCGGCCCGGGGAGGCCGGGGCUGCUCCCCAUCCCCUGCAGAGGAUCCACGAGCACGUGCUGGAGCCGGGGCUGGAGAGAUUCCUCGUCCUGCACCUGGAGGAAGUGCAGUGGGAGGCGCAGGUGAAGCUGCGGUUCCAGCUGGUUUUCCAGGCGGAGGUGGGACGGGCUGUGGGAGAGCUGCAGGCGGCCGUGAUGCUGUUCUACCUGGGCCGCCGGGAGGGCCGGGGCUCCGGGCCCCCGCAGGAGCUGCUGGCCACCGGCCCGGGGCUGGCGCGGGACCAGAGGCUCUGCCUCUCCAGGGACACGCAGUACCUGGCCCUGGCAGCCGCCGCAGCCUCCGUCACCCGCAGCGCGGAGCGGCUCCGCUUCUCGGCUUCCCUCGCCAUCCACGGCGGAGCGGGAGGUGCCCCCCUGCCCCGCACGGAGGUGCAGCAGCUCCUGUUCGGCUCCGAUGACAAAUGUUUCACCCGGAUGACCCCGGUGCUGCUGCUGCUGGCAAAGUCACGGCAGCAGGAGGAGGAAGAGGAGGCUUUGGCCCCAUCCUCCUACCUCUCUGCUGAGGGGGUGGUGGACACGGCUCCGUACCCACAGCUCAGCCCACCCCAGGCUGGCACCGAGGAGCUGCCGACCCCCACUGCCCCGAGCCACGGCAACACCUCGUCCCCAGCGCCCGGUGGCAGCGCCCAGUUCCUGGCAACCCUGACCCGGUUCAUCCGGCAGCUCCUGAGCUCCUCCAGCGAGCCGCCACCCCAGCCCAGUGCCCACCACUGGCUGGACUUCGAGGUGAUGGAGAACCUCCCUCACCAGCUGCUCAACCUGUCGGAGGAGGCGGCGCUGGAGCGGUUGGUGCAGUCGGAGGAGCCCUCGGUGCUGCUGCUGCCCCAGGACAGCGGGGCCGUGCUGGAGCAGCACCUGGGGGACUGGCAGCCGGAGGGCACCGUGCUGCAGCUGCUGCUGGGCAAACUGCAGGUGGUCAUCCAGGAGCUCAGGGACGUCCCGGCUUUCCAAGCCAACGCGGCGCUUUUCCAGCACCUCCUGACCUUCUGCUACUACCCAGCAGAGCCGGGGCAGGCCGAGGCGGCCGAGCGGGGGCCGGGCUCUCGGAAGCUGCGCACGCUGCUGCUGCUGAAGGCGCUGCAGUCGGUGCGGGCGCGCUGGCAGGAGCGCAGGAAGGUGCAGCGGCAGAACCGCAGCGCCCGGCACCAGGCGCACUGCCGGCUGCAGGAGCUCACCAUCGACCUGCGCGACCGCCACUUCAUCAUCAUGCCCACCAUGUACGCGGCCAACAACUGCGAGGGGCCCUGCCGGCUGCCGCUCUCCGCACGCAUCCCCAGCUACUUCUCGCACACGGUGCUGCUGCUGGGCAUGCAGGACCAGGGCUCGCCGCUGCGCAGGGCUCCGUGCUGCGUGCCCGUGCGCUACUCGGACCAGCUCAUCAUCAGCCUCUCCUCGGACGGGCUGGAGAUCCGCAAGUUCCCCAACAUGGUGGCAGAGGAGUGCGGCUGCCGGUGAGGCUCCCGCCGGCCUCCCCGCUCGCCCCACCCCGGCCCCUCUCCCGGUUUGCCCUCCCGGCUCGGGAUCUGGUGCUUCUCCCGAGACGGGAGCUCCCGUGUGUCCUUUCCCCAUGGUUUGGCUCGUUAGCAUCGCUCUGGUUCUGGGUUCAUCCAUGCCUGUCCCUGGGGCUGCUCCGUGUU